CCAUACGCACGCAGUAGUCUUACCAAAACCAAAACCAAACCCAUCUCUCAUCUUUGUUUUUUUCUCUCUCAAUCUAACCCUAACCCAAACCCCCCAAUUACAAAACCUUAAACGCCAUACCCAUCUUCUCUCUACCACCUACUCCUCUCUCUCUCUCUCUCUCUCUCUCUCUCUCUCUCUGUACAUUCCACUACUUGAUAUAUGUUCAAUUCAGCUCUAAUUAUGGUGCCUUACACCAAUAAUCCACCCAUGUUUUCCUUUCUUGGGAGCUAAUACCUCAAGAAUUCACUUUCAUUACCAUUAGUCUAAGAAUCAAGAAUCAAGAAUCCAAGAAAACAAAGAAAGCCGCCCCAACAGUAGUAGUCAAGAUAACAAGACUUCCUUCUCUCUUUCUUGUUUCUCGUUAUUUAUUUCUCUCUCUGCUCCCACUAAACCAGUUUCUUUAAUUUUUCCUUUUUCAGUCACUACAAACGUUAACGUUUAGUGCUGCUUUUGUGUUGUGCUGUGUUUCCAUUAAUUCUUGGUCUUAAUUAGGUCAGAGAGGUAAAAGAAAAAAAAAAGUCAAAAAAGGGAAAACAAUAUGGAUCCAGUAACGGCUCAUGGCCAUUCUCUUCCACCGCCUUUCCAUACUAGAGAUUUCCAGUUACACCAUCAAUUUCCUCACCAUCAACAACACAACAACAAUUCUGAAGAUGAACAAAGCGGCAGCAGUAGCGGCGCCGCUGGCCUUAACAAGUCUCAAAAACGCGAACGCGAUGAAGGCAACAACAGCGAAGGGAAAGAACUAAUCCCAACCGGUUCUCAAGGAGAGAUAACAAGAAGACCUAGAGGCAGACCGGCCGGAUCCAAGAACAAGCCAAAGCCUCCAAUCAUCAUCACCCGCGAUAGCGCAAACGCUUUACGUACUCAUCUCAUGGAAGUUGCGGAUGGGUGUGAUAUUGUUGAAAGUGUAGCUACAUUUGCUAGAAGAAGACAAAGAGGGGUUUCUAUUAUGAGCGGAACUGGAACUGUAACUAAUGUCACUUUAAGACAACCAGCUUCCCCUGGUGCAGUUGUUACUUUACAUGGUAGAUUUGAGAUACUAUCACUAGCUGGGUCAUUUUUACCACCGCCAGCUCCGCCAGCUGCGACGGGGUUGACUAUAUAUUUAGCUGGUGGUCAAGGGCAAGUAGUAGGUGGAAGUGUUGUUGGUACGUUAACUGCUUCAGGUCCUGUUGUUAUUAUGGCUGCUUCGUUCAGUAACGCAGCUUACGAAAGGCUUCCGUUAGAAGAGGAAGAUCCACAAUUACCUAUGCAAGGAGGUGGAAUUGGGUCGCCAGGAGCGGUUGGGCAACAGCAACAGCAGCCGCAGCAGGUUUUAGGAGAAGCAAACGCACAGCUAUUCCAUGGGUUGCAGCCAAAUCUGUUGAAUUCUAUUCAGUUACCAACUGAGGCUUAUUGGGCUACUGGCGGUCGACCUCCUUACUAACCAUAUUGUUAAAGAUUGAUCAAAGGGUACUGUACUAGUUUUCAGUUUCUCAUCAUCAUCGUCAUCAUCGUCGUCAGCUUAAUUAGUUUAUCAAGAGAUGACAGACUUAAUUUAAUUGGUAGCUAGCUAGAGAAUUUGGGUUUUCAGCAUUUUCUCCAUCAGGUUUUUAAUUCGUUUUACUCCUUUUAAAAUAUUCUAUGAGUUGCUGCUUUUGCAUUUGAUCAAGAUUUUUAGCUUAUUAUUACCUAUGCCUGCUGAUUGUUGAUUGAACGACUGGAAAAUUUAAGGACGUGUUAAUCCGGUGAGUUUCAUUUCAUUAUGUCAAUAAGUAGUGCUGCAAGUUUCCCCCGAUCCAAACAAAACAUCGAAUAAUGUGUUUGUUAUAUUCCAA